AUGGCGCAAGAAGGUGGAUGUUUUUGCGACAAGAUUCGUAUUUCCUACACCGGCGAACCUGGAACUCAUGUCCUAUGCCACUGCCUCGACUGCCGGAAGAUCUCAGGAAGCAGUUACGGCAACAACAUUGUUGUCCCUGAAAACAAUUUCAAGCUUCUACAAGGCAAACCAAAGACUAUUUCAAAGACGGCCGAUGGUGGCAACGAGAUCACCUCUCAUUUUUGUGGUGACUGUGGAACCACUUUGAUGCGAACUGGUCCAUCCUUUCCAGGAUCCGUCAUUAUCAAGGUCGGUGUAAUGGAUGACCCAGACUGGCCUAACAAGAACACACCCAAGGGUGAGCUUUACGUCGGCAGCAGAGUGAAGCUCCAUGACGCAAUUCCUGGCGCCGCUCAAAUGAGGGGAAUGCCAUCGUGA